AAAACUGACAUUUAUUAUGGUUGUUGACCAUUAAAAAUAUCAAUUUAUGGUGAACGAUAGCGUUUUGCUUGCCUUUAAUGCGUUAUUAAUGGUGGGGUGCAGUAAAUAAUAAGUUUGUUAAAAGUGAAGUUACAUAAUUUCCCUUUAAAAGUGCCCAUACACGAAGUAAAGAUAGACUCGGUGUGGGGUUGGGCGUCGCCGCCCUUACGCAUCCAGCUGGGGCCCCACCUCCAUGUGCCUUGUCGCAUGGGCGAAAUGACGGGCGGAGGCGGGGGCGUUGGGGGCGGCGAUCGGCCGCCCUCGCCCGCCCGACUGUCUCACACCUCGGACAAGCAUCCGAAGAACACGCUGGCCGAGCUGAACUUGCUGCGCAGACACCGCGAACUGUGCGACGUGGUGUUGAACGUAGGAACUAGGAAGAUUUUCGCGCACCGCGUGAUUUUGAGCGCGUGUAGCCCGUAUUUCAGGGCCAUGUUUACUGGGGAGCUCGCAGAAAGUCGCCAGACAGAGGUCACGAUAAGAGACAUUGACGAGCUGGCAAUGGACCUGCUGAUCGACUUCUGCUACACCUCGCACAUAAUCGUCGAAGAAUCGAACGUGCAGAUGCUGCUGCCGGCCGCGUGUCUCCUCCAGCUCACCGAGAUCCAGGACAUCUGCUGCGAAUUCCUGAAGCGCCAGCUCGACCCGACCAACUGCCUCGGCAUCAGGGCGUUCGCCGACACGCACUCCUGCAGGGAGCUGCUGCGCAUCGCCGACAAGUUCACGCAGCACAACUUCCAGGAGGUGAUGGAGUCGGAGGAGUUCCUGCUGCUGCCGGUGGGCCAGCUGGUCGACAUCAUCUCCAGCGACGAGCUGAACGUCAGGACCGAGGAGCAGGUCUACAACGCGGUCAUGUCCUGGGUCAAGUACAACGUGACCGAGCGGCGCGUGCACCUGCCGCAGGUGCUGCAGCACGUGCGGCUGCCCUUGCUCAGCCCCAAAUUCCUCGUGGGCACGGUGGGUUCGGACUUGCUGGUGCGCAGCGACGAAUCGUGCCGCGAUCUAGUCGACGAGGCCAAGAACUACCUCCUUUUGCCGCAGGAACGGCCGCUGAUGCAGGGGCCGCGCACCCGGCCCAGAAAACCGACCAGGAGAGGUGAGGUACUUUUCGCUGUGGGCGGCUGGUGCAGCGGCGAUGCCAUCGCCUCGGUCGAGAAGUUCGAUCCGACAACGAUGGAGUGGAAGAUGGUGGCGCCGAUGAGUAAGCGACGUUGCGGCGUCGGUGUUGCCGUGCUGAACGAUCUUUUGUAUGCUGUCGGUGGGCAUGACGGCCAGAGUUAUUUAAAUAGUAUAGAGAGGUAUGAUCCACAAACAGACCAAUGGUCUUGCGACGUUGCCCCUACGACAUCUUGCCGCACGAGCGUCGGCGUUGCCGUUUUGGACAACUUACUUUACGCUGUUGGAGGUCAAGACGGAGUUCAAUGUUUGAACCACGUAGAACGCUACGACCCGAAGGAGAACAAGUGGACGAAGGUGGCGCCGAUGACGACGCGGCGCCUGGGCGUCGCGGUGGCCGUGCUCGGCGGCUACCUGUACGCCAUCGGCGGCUCGGACGGCCAGUCGCCGCUCAACACGGUCGAGCGGUACGACCCGCGGCACAACAAGUGGACGCUGGUGAGUCCGAUGUCGACGCGCAGGAAGCACCUCGGCUGCGCCGUUUUCAACAACCUGAUCUACGCGGUGGGCGGCAGGGACGACUGCAUGGAGCUGAGCAGCGCGGAGAGGUACAACCCGCACACGAACACCUGGAGCCCCAUCGUGGCGAUGACCUCGAGGCGCAGCGGGGUCGGCUUGGCAGUGGUGAACGGCCAGCUGUACGCGGUGGGCGGCUUCGACGGCACCGCCUACCUGAAAUCCAUCGAGUUCUACGACACCGAGCAGAACCAGUGGCGCCUGUGCAGCUCGAUGAACUACCGGCGCCUGGGCGGCGGGGUGGGGGUGAUGCGCGCCCCGCAAACCGAAAACCGGAUUUGGUAGCUAAGCGCCUGUCUGGUGACCGACAAGAGCCAGAUCGACAUCGACCUCGAAUUUCUCGCCAGCGUUCCGUAACGAUUGCUCGCGUUACGAGUGCGACGGGUGCCGAAGAACUUCGGUAAGUGCAAAUGACAGAUAAACACCACCAUUUGAGGACUUGCAAGUCUAAUCCUCGUUUUUUCCAGUAAGUUCUCAGUGACACACGCUGCUAACUUCUCUCUUAUUUACAGAGUUAAACAACCUGUUGCUAGGUAACUACAUCUAGCAACAGUUUGUUUAACCUUACUACCAGGGCUGAAGCUAGCUAAGAGCUGUCACCACUGUGAAACUCUUUUAAACAAACAGUUACUUUUUAAUAAAAACUUAUUAAGUUUGGAUAUCCAGGGCAAGUUCAAAUCAAACCCUGGACAUUUUUAAACCCCGAGUAGUUUUUAGUUGAUUUCUCAAAGUGUAUGAAGAUUUAGGUUUAAGAGAGCUUUAUAAUAUUACCAAAAGAGUAUCAAAACGAUUAUGAUAAGAGUUAUUAAGUAUUUACUAAUUAGGUCUCAAAUAGGAUCUCCGCCCCAGUUUCUCAAUUUUAAUGUAGGUAUUACUGGGUAAUGUAUAUUACCCAUGACAUCGCUUUUUAAAUGAUUUUGUAGAAUGUUUGAGAUUUUUAAUGAAGUGGUUAAUUUUUAACACAUACUUUUUAUGGUUUUAAACGUUUGCUUACAAAAGCGGCAAGAAAACACAUCACACAGCUGUAUCAUUGAAGAUUUUUGUCCAUAUAUCUCGGGAACGGUAAAUUCAUACCAUUUCAAUAACAAUACAAAGUAUAUGUUAAAAAAAUUAACCCCAUUCUCCUCUUGAAUUAUACUGGCCGACAGCAAAUGUCUUUUUUGUGGGCCAGUGCAAUAUAAAUAAAUGUGAGUCACCCCUUUAUUUUUUAAUCGCUAUUUUAGUUUGCAGUGUAAAUAAUAAUUCCGUUAAAAAAACAUCAAUGUUACAGAAUAUAAAUGGUAAUUUUGUACUUAUGUGGUAUAUAUGUGAUUGUUGUACCUAAAUUUUGUUGAAUAUUGAGAUUUUAUGAUGAAUAUAAUGAGAAAUUAUAUCUAUGUAUACAAACUCGGUUUUUUUUAUCCAUAAUGUAUUAUUUUUUUGUAAUUAUUUAUUUUUAUAAUUUUUCUUUACUGAUA